AUGGGGCUGGCCCCAGCCCCUGGCCAUGCAGCUUCUCCCCUCGGCAGGGAUUUUGCCCGCGGAUCCUGCCGGCGGGGCCGGAGCUGCCGCUUCUCCCACGACAGAAAGUCGGCCCCGGUGUGCCGCUACUUCCAGAGCAGGGCCUGCGGCUACGGCGAGCGCUGCAGCUACCAGCACGUCCAGGAGGAGCCGGUGCCGGCCAGGAGCCGCCACAGCCCCAUGCCCAGCGUGGCCCCCGGCCGCCAGGGCUGGAGGGGAGCCUGGCGCGCCUCGGUCCCCGCUGUCCCCAGAGCGACGCGGGCGGCCUUCGGGCUCCCAAACGUGGAGGUUGAGGAGGAAGAGGAUGAUAAAGAGAACGUCCCAGCGCUGAACAACCCCCCGGGGCCAGCUGUCCAUGAGGAAUUCAUCCCCGCAGGAGCUCGGAGAGCUGCAGGCUCCCACCCGCGAGGUCUGGGACUGGAUCCAAACUCCCCUGACCCCAGAGAGGCGGCGGCGGAGACGGCGACGUGGGCUGAGUGCUCGGAGGUCCCCGCGGAGCAGGGCGCUGCGGCAGCCCCGGUCCCUGCUGCGGUGCUGAGGGCGCGCAGCAAGGCCGUGGUGUGCGGGAUCUGCAUGGAGCGGGUGUACGAGAAGGCGCUGCCGGAGGAGCGGCUCUUCGGGAUCCUCCCGAACUGCGGCCACGCGUUCUGCCUGGGCUGCAUCCGCACGUGGCGCCGCAGCCGGGACUUCCAGAGCACGGUCAUCAAGGCCUGCCCGGAGUGCCGGGUCACCUCCAGCUACUACAUCCCCCACAAGUACUGGGUCUCGGAUGCGGGCGAGAAGGAGCAGCUCAUCGAAAGCUUCAAGGCGCGGACGGGGAAAAUCAGGUGCAAGUUCUUCAUCCAGAACCGCGGCCGCUGCCCGUUCGGGUCGGACUGCAUCUACCUGCACGAGCUGCCCGGUGGCCGGCCACCACGGCGCAGUCUGCAGCGGCCAGGGAUGAGAGCUGAGCUCAACCCCUCUCCCUCGGAGAGCUCGGACGAGGAGCAGGAUGACUUCUGCCUGCUCGAGUGGGCUGUCACCAGGGCCUUGCUGGAGGUGGACUUCCUGUACUCGAGCUACGGCCACGAGAUGCUCCUCGGGGACUCCAGUGACUCAGACUAA